AUGGCCGAUAUCGAAAAAGUCACACAGCCUCGAGCUGUCAUCAGUGACACUGAUGCUCCAUCAAAAGAAAUGGACGCUGCAGCUGCUGCCAACGCCCUCAAGGUCCUCGUCAACUACGAUGGGGAAGAGACUUGGACAGAGGAGGAGGAGGCCAAGCUGAGGAACAAGGUGGACUGGAAGUUGAUGCCAAUUCUUUGCAUUACAUAUGGGCUGCAAUACUAUGACAAGGCCAUGCUUUCGCAGGCUGCGCUCUUUGGCCUCCGGACCGAUCUCGGUCUCACUGGCGAUCGCUAUGCGUUCUCUGCGUCCAUAUUCUAUCUCGGCUUCAUCAUCGGCUCCUAUCCUGCAAUGGCCCUUGCACAACGCUUCCCCAUCGAACGAGUGGCCUCUGGCAUAGUAACACUCUGGGGAAUAUGUCUCCUCCUGACCAUUGUCUGCAAAGACUACCAAGGUCUCUAUGUGGAGCGGUUUUUCCUGGGUCUGCUCGAGGCGGGCGUAAGCCCCAUGUUUAUGCUCAUUGUUGGCAUGUGGUACAAGAAGGCCGAGCAGGCAUGGCGCAUGGGUAUCUGGUACAGCUGCACCGGCUACGUCACGAUCUUCUCGCCCCUCGUGAACUAUGGCUUCGGCCUGAUAGGAGGCGGUGUCUCGUCGUGGCGGUAUAUGUAUAUCUUUGGAGGCUGCUUGACCAUCCUGUGGGGCAUCGCCCUCCUCUUCCUCCUGCCGACAGACCCUGUCACCGCCAAGGGCUACACCCCUCGUGAGCAGUACAUACUGUCUGCGCGGCUGCGUGAGAACAACGCCGGCAUGAGGAACAAGACCUUCAAGAAGGAGCAGUUGAUGGAGCUGUGUUUUGACGUCAAGUUCUGGCUCAUCUUUGCGCUUGCUUUCUUGUCCAUGAUUGCAAAUGGACCCAUCAGCGCUUUCGUUCCAAUUAUCAUCAAUGGCUUUGGCUACUCAACUCUCAACUCCCUGCUCCUCACAAUCCCCAUGGGAUUCUACGGAGGCUCAAUCAUGCUCUUGCUGUCAUAUCUUGCGUACCGGAUCAAGAACUGCAGAACAUGGCUCAUUUUCGGGGCUCAGUGCGGCACAGUCCUGGCAUCUCUGCUGCUAUGGUUGCUGCCACUGUCUGCCAAGGGUGGGCUUUUGUUCGCCUGCACCAUCUUGCCAUCAAUCGGCGGUGGGUACGCCGUCUUGAUGGGUCUGCAGAUUGCCAACACGGCUGGGUACACCAAGCGCUCGAUCGCGUCGUCUGGGCUUUAUAUUGGCUACUGCCUAGGAAACUUUGUCGGACCUUUGUGCUUCAAGGCCUCAGACGCCCCUCGGUACCCAAUGGGCUUUCUGGCAGUGGUGGUGACCAACGUCGUUGGCGCUAUCCUGAUCGUGGUUUACCGAUACGUGUGUAUUUGGGACAACAAGCGUCGUGAUGCUACCGGUAUCGCGGAGGGUUUCGACCAUGCUUACGCAGACGAGGGUGACGUGAAGAACAAGCAGUUCCGCUAUAUUUUGUAA